ACUAACCGCUGGAAUCCCCGGUCUCUGCUUAAGUUCUGCGCUUGGACCAACGGCCGAGUCAGUGUCUCUCUAAAUCCUUUUGAGUUCGGUGUCGUCGAAAAUGCUGGCUCGUUUGGCGACCAAGCGUCUCGUCGAGAUCCGUCAAGUUUUCCGUCAACCUUACCAGUCAUCUCGCGCCUUCUCGACCGCCUUGAAUUACCACAUUGAUUCGCCAGAUAAUAAUCCGGAGCUUCCAUGGGAAUUCACUGACUCCAACAGAGAGAAGGUUAAGGAGAUAUUGUCUCACUACCCAUCCAAUUACAAGCAAUCUGCAGUAAUUCCUCUUCUAGAUCUUGCACAGCAACAGCAUGGAGGUUGGCUCCCUGUUUCAGCAAUGAAUGCGGUGGCUAAAGUCAUCGAGGUUGCUCCUAUCCGUGUAUUUGAGGUUGCGACAUUUUAUUCCAUGUUCAACCGGACAAAGGUGGGCAAAUACCACCUAUUGGUUUGUGGCACAACACCUUGUAUGAUACGUGGUUCACGAGAAAUUGAGGAUGCAUUGCUGAAGCACUUGGGAGUGAAGCGCAAUGAAGUAACAAAGGAUGGCUUGUUCUCAGUUGGAGAGAUGGAAUGCAUGGGAUGCUGCGUGAAUGCUCCCAUGAUUACUGUCGCAGACUACUCCAACGGAUCUGCAGGAUAUACUUAUAAUUAUUAUGAAGACAUCACUCCAAAACAAGUAGUUGAGAUAGUCGAAAUGUUGAGAAAGGGAGAGAAGCUACCGCCCGGCACUCAAAACCCAAAUCGGAUUAGGUGUGGACCUGAAGGGGGUAAUACCACUCUACUAAGUGAGCCAAAACCUCCUCCAUGCCGAGAUCUUGAUGCCUGCUGAAGUUGAGAUAUAUACGUUGUCAUGAAUAAUGUGACACUUAGAUGUUAUCGGGCUUCACUGCAUUGCAAUCUCAAGUUGGUUUUAUUUAUCAGACGUUUGUGUUUCUCCGACCAGUGUGAUUUCUGGUGGAUAUUCAUUUCCCUACAAGUUACCACCCAUCUUAAUUGAAGAUGGGUGUCCGUGAUAAUCCUCUGUAGCUGGUAUGCCUUCAUUGAUUAGACAAAUAAAUUGCCUUGCCUUUGCAGAUCAAAAUUGAAAUGGCAA